CGUACGUUGAGCGCGGGAGGGAUUUCGGAUGGGAUCCCAAUGAGGUAUUACAUUGCGUCAGGCGUCGUCAACCCUUUCACAAGCCUGAAAAACCUCAAUGUUUUAGAAUAUUGCAAUAAGUUGUAGCCUUGUGUAAAUCCUUGAGGAUUAUGUUAAGUUGGACGUAUACGGGUGUAAAUACAAGUAUCGAGGGGGCAGGAGGUCAGAAUUGUAUUAAUUAUAUUACAACAAAAAGAAGGUUCUUCGAAUCUACAUGUGUCUGCAUAACAUUCUUAUACACUCUCUAUUGGUCGUAUUUAAAAUUUAGUGUUGGAAAUCCUCGUCAUUCUAAUGAACAAACAAAGCUCAGACAGAUACUUCUUGUAUUGCACACGUUUGUAUUUGGGAUUGAAAUAGGCUUCAAGCUAGCCACUAGCACGCUUAUUUGGAUCUUAAAUCCGUGUCACAUUAUAACCAUACUACAGAUAUUAUUUUUGGCUUCAUCGUCAUCUUGGCUUACAACUUUUAUUUUUCGAAUCCACUUACAUAUGAUGAAUGGUCCUUUGUUAGCGUUAACUUUCCCAAUAUUGAACACUCGUUCCGUAAGUUCUUACUGACGUUCAUGUUAAUCCAUUAGUUUUCUGUGUGGUUGCUUUUUUAAUUAAGGCUCAUUGGGUAAGCAGUAAUACGUAUGGCUUUUCUACCGUAAAUUGCAAGUGAAACAAUACUAGUCACUUGAAUCCCUGAGACCACAUUUCCAGAUAGUUUACAGUUUAUUUUGUUUUGUUCUGACCUGCGUUAUUUUGUUUGAUAAGUUUGAUGUGUUAAUAUUUGUGUUUAAAACACGAACAUGGUGCAAAAUACAGAUCAAUAAGCAACCGAUUAAAUGAUCAAUAUCAACCUUAGAUCAAGUGUGAGAUUCUAUUUACCGACUUCACUACGUUUUUUAGUGACUGAUAUCACAGUCUGAUAGUUACUACAUAUAGAAGUAAUUUGAAGCAAAAUGUAUAGGUCGUCUAUAAGGAUAUUCAACUCACUAAAGAACUCAUGAGAAUUUACUUGUUAUCGCACUUCUUGUUCAAUAGCGAACGCCUAACCACAAUUACACCCGAUUAUGGAUAUUUUUUCAAACGUUCAAAAAGCCAUAUUAAUGAUUAUGGUUAUUAUUAUUAUUUUACUAUGUAGUAUGCGAGCAUCACAUGAUCUCCAGGGUUGAUGUAGGUUUCCAGGUAAGCAACUUGAUCUCUUGUUUAAAAGGCACCCAAUGUACUGUUUAGCUCAAUACAGUAAUGCUUAACUCGUUGCGAAUAUAACUAUCAGGAUAAGUGGAUUACUUCUUAUUGAGUUUCUGUACUCACAAUCGUCUUUAACUGAAAUGUAUAUUAAUCAGUAAUUUUUCAAUGAGUAAAAAUAAAUGUUUGUAUUUAACUUAAAAUCAGAAAGUGCAAUUAUUUACGUUCUAAUUCGUUCCAUCAAACCAGGAAUUUAAGUUCACCGGUAAGAGAGUUCUCGAAAAUCAGGAAGCUGAACUUACCACUCAUUAUACGUACUCAUGCACUUGGCUUCUAUGACGCCAAUAUUUGUGAUAACCUCGGAAUACGAUUCAGUAAACUUGAAUAACUACAUUAGUUUAGACAAAGAAUCUUCAGUAACUUCAAUAUACCUUCUAUAUAUUCUUUUCAGUGACAUAGGCGUCAGCGGAACAUCUUUCAGCGGUUUCUAGAGCCUUAUCAGGAUCGGAAAAAAUGUUUGAGAUAGCCAAAUAGUAUAUUUUAGAGGUUGGUAAAAUGAUAAUUUAGUCAAUCCAUUGAAAGACUAGUAGUUAAUUCGUUCUGUCGCGGAUGUUAUGAUUAGGUAUCUAUUAAUUCUAAGCUUUGGUUGAAACGUAAUAUGAUGAACUUAUGUUUAGUAAGUCACGGUUGAGUCUAAUAAUUGUUAAUAUAAGUUUGGUUGGUUAUAAUAGAAAAGUAUCUAGAUAUACUUCUGUAAGGUCCACCCGUACUUCCAUUUGUGUAUCGAGUCUCAGUACAUAAAUAAACACAUUUUGUUACUUUGAAUAACCUUGUCAACUUUUGUUAGAAUCACCUUUCAUAUCUCGAUUCCAUUUUUUUUAAUGCUUCACCGGACACCAAUUGAAGCCGACAUGUUCAUUGUUCCUUUCCGAAUCAUUUAAUUAAUCGAUAGUUACACUUUUAACAUCCGGAACUCAUUUCAACUUAAGAUUGCGAAUCUCAAGGGACUGGUAUUACAAUUUCUAGAAACCUAGUUCUGAUGUCUAAUGUAGUCAGGGAUUAUGACAAUUUCAGAUUAGGAAGUCUAUUAUACGUCAUUAUAUGUGAAAAUUAUACUUGAAACAGUCUCAGCGAUUGAAAUUUAAAUAAUUCUAACGUUUCGUCCAGCUACUUGUCUGGACUUCUUCAUGGUAAAAAUCAAAAUCAUUAAAUAAAUAUAUAGCGUUUUCAACAGUCAAAUCCAUACUGUGUUAAUGCAAUCAUGUUUGGAUCUUGACUUUUAGUAAAUAGGGUAACAUAAGUCAAUUAAAUGCGAAACAUGUGAAAAGUUCAUGAUGUGAAAAUAAAUGACUGGACAAAUUGUGCCUUUAUGUAUGUGUAAAAUUGAGUUAUUAAUGACUGAUAUUCGAUGUUUUUAUAUGAACGAAAAAUAAAAGUACAAGUUGAAGGUUGAAAAUUGUUCCUGAAUCAUUGAAGUGCCAGUAGGUGUAGUCAUAACUGAUAUACUCAUAAUAUUUAUGUUAAAGCCCAGCAAUUUUCAGCGUCUCGAACACAUAUUUUAACACAUCUUUUGAGUCACUAAACGACGUGUUCCGAUGAUUGGACUAAAUUUACUGAGAAAUUUGAUGACUUGUGUAUAACAAGAGUUCUAACGUAGUUCUUUACAUUUUUUAAAGCUGCCAUUCGAACAUGUGACCUACUUCGUGCAACAUAUUCUGAUUAUUUUAAUUCCUGCUAGCUUUUUGAAUCAGAGUAGUGAAUUUUCAGUUGAACCAAUUGAUGAUUUUUCAUGGGUGAUAUUUUCUUUAAGUAUACAGGUUCUGUAUCAUUUCUUAGUCCUACAACCCAUUGCUUUGAUGACCGGAAUUAAUCUUAACAAUAUUCUGUGCCCAGCUAUAAGCGAUCCAUUCCCUGGCCCAAAUUAUCGUUUAUGGGCAGUCUUUCACCAGUCUGUUAUAAUAUUAGUUCUGGGAAAGAUUUUUACUUUGUUUUUGCUUCGAUUAAAUACACGAAAGGUGCCUUGGUUAUGUCUGAAUUCCAAUAAACAUGAUCAGAAAUCUGUUAUAGAAAGAGUAUUUGAAUCUAGUUCAUCAAAUAUAUCAGGUGGCAAAAUCACCCCACCUUGGUAUUGGCCUGAUCUAUUCCGAUAUCACACAUAUCUUGAAACUGAUGCCAAAAACGAUGAAGUUGUAAGCAUAUCCGAUAAUAAGGAUUAUUAGAAGCUGUCACCUGAAUCGGUUAUUAUCUCUAUGAACUCACCAAAAGUAAAGAAUCUCCAUAUUUAUUUUGUUAUGCACUAAAUACCUCGUUUUCUCUUUUUCCAGUUCUUUCUUGCACAUAAUGAUUUCCCUUUUGAUUAUUAACUAAAUAUAUAUUCCAUUUUUGCUAUCACCGACUCAAAUAAAUAUUUGUGAUAACGAACUUAUUUCUACUCAGAGUGUAAACCUGUGCAAAUCAUUCUAGCAAUAUAUAUCUUACCAAUUGCCUUCUUCAUCGUUAUUUUCCGUGGUUGUUAUUGUACAGUUUUUUGUUUGCUUAUUUUUUCAUAUGCAUGUUUACACUUCUACAGACAUCUCGUGAAUUAUACAAGAUCUUUUCAGGUAGUUACCAUCGGUUUUCCAUAUUUUUCUCUUUUUUAAAAAAGUAUUUGGGUAUUGUUUUAUAUUCUAUGUAAAAAACAGUGAACCAGGUAAUAAUUAAUAAAAAUACUUAUCAGUUACUCGCAAUUAUCCAUCCAGUGAAUACUUAUGUUUAAACUACCUAUUGCUUCUUAUGUAUUGCCCACCUUUUUAUAGUCAGCUUAUUUCGGUUGUGUCUGCUCUAUUUUCUACGAACUUGAGUUAAUAUUGAGUUGCAUAAAUUUGAUUUCCUUUAUUUUUGAAAUAUUUCAAUACACUUUGUUUUUUCUGUGUUUCUGUCUACGAUAUGUAUGAUUUAUUUCCAAAACUUUUCUCAGUCUGUAUGUGUAGUUUGCUAAUUGCAGAAAACGCCGAAGUGCUUCCAGCUGCUUCAUUUGUUUUUUUCUAAGAAAAUAAUAUACUCAUUGAUAUUUAUGUUAAUUGUUCUGUUUAAUAAAUUUCGGUGUAAACUAAUUCUAAUAAACAGUGUAUAAACAUUAUGUAGUAUCGUUCUUGAUUAAUUGUAUGACUGCCAUUGUUUCCUAGUUUGAUCCUUUAUGAUAAAUAUUACAUCUGAUAUUGAAUAUUUGUACAGUUUCAUUGUUAUAUUUUAUUCAAUGCGACCUACAGUUUUUCCUUAAUGUACAAUGACUUAUUCAGAAGAACUAAAAUACUUGUAACCAUGUUAGUAUUUUAAUAGUUGAUUUUAAUUCCAUCCCAACCUUAAAAUCUGUGUUCAUAGUGAAAAAGGAUAUUUGUUUUUUCUAUGAACAGGAAUUAUCGUAAUACGACUUUUAUUCAUGUCGAACUAUGAUUAGAAUUUUGUCUUACAGGUUUCGAUUCUCAAACCUAAGUCGUUCAGACAGGGGCUCGAAGCACUCGGCAUCAGCUAAAGUUUGGCUCAGUGCAUAAUAUCCAUCAGCUCUCAUAUGCAAUAAUUGGGGUCAAAGUCUUACACACAGGGUUACUUAGUACCUUCAGUCUGCUGUAAAUGAAAUCACCUAAUGCUGAAAACAACCAUGCUUACAUCAGCUGAUUAGACCGUAAAUCAAAUUAAUGUUUAGGUGUAUAUGUGAUUCUCCAAUAUGUAUGAACAUACUGUGUAAAUUUUCCCCUAUAUUCUCACAAAUCAGAGCAAUAAAUCAAGGGAACGUUUUUCUGUACCGAGUUAUUAAACGAACAGAUUGCAAGAAGUCACUUGCGUAUGACUAUCAAUGCCCAUUAGUUCAAUCUUUUAUCCCGCCAGCAGUGAUAAUUUCUAAACAUAGUCACAUGCGUCAACACUCUAAGUGAUUAAAACUCAUUAGAACCGUCAUUCAUUAUAUCAUUUCUAGAGUCCUAACAUGACUACAGCUAUUACGAAAAAUUUUACUUACGCACAGUAGGAUGACAUGUUCUUUCCAGAAAAAAUCACAAUUUUGAUACAAAAGAGUACAGCGUAGUUUUCAUAACUGAUUUCUGCAGCUUAUAUUUAUCCUGGGAGAUAAAUUUAUUUUUUUAGCAAUGGCUCCUUUGACUACUACUGUGGAUCAGUACAAAUUAUCUUCUCUUCCAACUGAUGGUGUUACUGCUGUUCGUUUCCAACCUGGGAAAGCGGCUCCACAAUUCCUAGUCGCUUCAAGUUGGGACUGUACGGUGCGAAUUUAUGAUGUGGCUUCAGGAAGUCAACGUUUGUUUUAUCAACAUAGUACUCCAGUUUUAGACACCGCUUUUUCUGAUACUGUACACGUUGUCAGCGGUUCACUAGAUGGAGAAUUAAAAUUGUUCGACUGCAACACUAAUCAGAAUCAAACUUUAGGUUCAUGUUUGAGAGCUAUUAGUACGAUGCAUUACAAUUCAAAUAUUCAGGCUUGUAUCACUGGUAGUUGGGAUUGUACUGUACGUAUAUGGGACCCACGUGCUUCUGUAGCAUCAUCCAAUGCAACUGAUUCAAAAGGUGGAGCACAAAGUGUUCAUCGUCAACCUAGUACAGUGUAUACGAUGGAUAGUAUACGCAACCAACUGGUUGUAGGUACAGCUGGACGUCAUGUACUAAUAUGGGAUCUCCGUCAAAUGCAUGCACCUUUAGAACAGCGUGAAUCAAGCCUCAGAUACCAAACUCGAUGUAUCCAAUGUUUUCCAAAUGGACAGGGUUAUAUAUUAGGUUCAAUUGAAGGUCGGAUAGCUGUCGAAAUGUUUGAUCCUAGUCCGGAGGUUCAAAAGAAAAAAUAUGCUUUUAAAUGCCAUCGUGUUAAAGAAGGCGAUAAAGAAACGAUUUAUCCAGUAAUUGCCAUUGCCUUUCAUCAAGGAUACAAUACGUUUGCUACAGGUGGUUGUGAUGGUAUUGUAAAUAUAUGGGAUGGAUUUAAUCGUAAAAGACUUGCUCAAUUAUCAAAGUAUCCAACUAGUAUAUCAAGUUUAGCAUUUUCUGAAGAUGGUAAUUUACUAGCUAUUGCUUCUUCAUACAUGUAUGAACGUGGUCCAAUUGAAAAUGAACCAGAACCAACUAUUUACAUAAGAAGUGUUGCUGAAAAUGAAGUCAAACCUAAACAUAUCAGUAAUACUAAUAAUGUUAGUGCUACUGGUGGCGGAGGUGGUACUGCUGGAGCCAAUGUUGGUUAUAAAGGUUAAAGAUAAAAUCAGAAGCAAUUAUGAAUUUAAUAUUUGUUUUUCCAUAAUCCUGUAAAAUAAACAUUUCCAUAUCAAAUCAUUUUGUUAAAUAUUUAAAAAAUACAUAUAUGUAUCUGUCUAGUCUCAUUUUUGUGUAACUCUUAUAAAUAUCAUUUUCUGGAGAUUGAAUUUGUAUAUCAAUAUUAAACUAUUUCGUUAUAUCACAUAUAAGCGGACAGCAUAUCACUUUAACAGUAGUUUAUCAAACUUAAUUUAGUAAGUCUUCCAAAUAAGACGAAACGGGCGUCCUGAAUUCCACUGCUAGGCACUAUCCAUCUUUGCAUAUAAUGCUUGCGAAUUAAGGUUAUAUCGAGGCAGUAUGCAUAUAUGCCAAUAAGAGACUGAUCAAUUGCAGUUCUAACCGUCAACCGGAAGAUUAAAACCAAGUGGAUUUAGUCUUCCAAAUUGUUUGGAGCAGUGGUUUAUUACUUAAGGCGUUUGACUUUCAGUCACUAAUUCCAAGGUAAAAAAAAAACAACCCGCUCCACCUAUUUCGACGUAGGUAACCAAGAAGAAUCAUUAGUCUUUACACGUAGAAUGUGGCUCAUAUCGAAGUACAUGGUGAAUGUCUCAAUUUUUUAUUGUUUAUAAAUUAGUUAGGUUAUAAAAGUAAUUUGACUGACAAUAACAAUUGAUGUGGUAGUGUAACAUGAAUUUAUUAUAUUUCUCGUCAUCUGCUUACAGCCUAAACAUAUUAGUAUGAAUCAUUAAAAAUCAGUAUACAUACUUUAUAUCAUAGCAUUGGAAGCGUUUUCGUCACUAAAGAUUAUUGAGAAGAGCAAUAGGUAUGGAAGAACGAUAAGAGAUGUUCAUAUGUUAAUUAAUGGACUGAAUACAAGAAUAUUCUUGAGUAAACAACUAAAAACAAUUACUUAGAAAUAAUAUAUAUAAACAUAUCACCC